AUGUUGAGCAGGGAUGAAGAUGAUGAUUCGCCUAAAAAAUGCGGGGAGAGAAGGCGGAGGACGAUUGAGAGGCGGCGAUUGGCUGCGGAAGCGGCAGCUUCUAGUGUUGGUGGAGGAUCCACGUCGUUUUCCUCUUCCGGUGGUUUGAAUGUCAUGCCAGAGAGCUCGCUACAGGGUGUUCGAUCGACUGUGCAGAGGGCUGACCCUUCAUCGGUGUCGGAUUCUGCAGGGGAUGAGGCGGUGGACAACAGUAAUAACUCGGCACCGCUGGUUGGAUCAUUAGCGGUAGCCGGAAGGCAACGUGACAUGGAAGAUGCAAUUACUGUUCGUACAAACCUUUGCUCCCCGGAGAUUACUCGGCGACGACCGGUGCAUUUCUUUGGUGUUUACGAUGGACAUGGUGGAUCUCAUGUUGCUUCAAUGUGCAAGGACAAGAUGCACGUGAUAUUAGAAGGAGAGCUGUCGCGCGUGGGAAAUCACGCAAUACCCCAUGCAAGUGGUGCUAGCAGCUCUAGAAUGACGCAAGAAGAACAAUCCAUUGAGGAUAGUGGACUAAACGAGGAAUGGGCAAGAGUGCUGAAAUCGUGUUUUACGAGAAUGGAGGAGGUGGCGCUGAACACCUGCGGCUGUGGAAUUGCCGGAUUCCGCUGCAGUUGCGACCGAUAUGAGCCCAAUUACAUGGGGUCUACGGCCGUGGUUGCUGUUUUAACGCCUGAGCACAUUGUGGUGGCCAAUUGUGGUGAUUCACGCGCAGUCCUGUGCCGCAGCGGAAGAGUGGUUCCACUCUCGUUCGAUCAUAAGCCAGAUAGAGAGGACGAACGAGCUAGGAUAGAAGCAUGUGGUGGACGGGUCAUGUUUCUUAAUGGAGCGCGAGUUGAAGGGAUUCUUGCUAUGUCUCGGGCUAUAGGAGAUAGGUAUCUAAAGCCCUUUGUGAUAUCAGAGCCAGAAAUUUCCUUUACAAAAAGGGAUGAAGAAGAUGAGUUUCUGAUUCUUGCAAGUGACGGUUUGUGGGAUGUUAUGUCUAGUGAGAUGACGUGUGAGGUUGCACGAGAGUGCCUUCGAGAAGAAAAUCGGCAUGCUGGUUCCGGGGAUCCUAGUGCUCAGCCUUCGACAACGAAUGAAGGUCCCGGAACGUUAUUCCCAUCUCAAAGUGCAUCUGCAGCAGCACUACUUAUUCGCCUCGCCUUGGGACGGAAGACUGCUGAUAAUAUCUGUGUUAUAGUUGUCGAUUUGAAGAGAACUUUAAGUGCAUGA